AUGUCAUCAGCAUCAGCAUCCGGCGCGGAUGCAAAAAAUGGAGCGUCGGCAAGAUCCAGAGAGCAUAAACAGGGCAACCAAGAACGCAAGUACACACCUGAUCAGAAGGCUGCGGUGAUUCGAGUACGAAAAUGCUCAGCCACAGCGUUCUACGAGAUUUUGGCGAUAGAGAGGACUGCGACAGAAUCAGAGAUUAAGAAGGCGUAUCGGAAGCUCAGUCUUUUAACGCACCCGGAUAAAAACGGGUAUGAUGGUGCAGAUGAAGCUUUCAAGAUGGUGUCGCGCGCUUUCCAAAUACUCUCCGAUCCGGAUAAGAAAUCCAAGUACGAUAAGUUCGGGGGGGAUCCAGAGAAUAGAUUUUCUGGAGCGUCGGCAUCAGGUUCCUCGCCUUUUAGUGGCUUUGGUGGCUUUCCUCAGGGGCGACCGAUGUACGACGAUGAGAUAUCGCCUGAAGAGCUGUUCAACCGGUUCUUUGGAGGCGGUGGGUUCGGCGGCGGUUUUGGAGGGGGCGGCUUUGGACCUUUCGGGGGAGGCAUGUUCGAUGCCGGUCCAUCAUUCGUGUUCAACAUGGGCGGUGGGCCAGGAAUCCGUGUACAUCAAUUUGGAGGCGCACGGCCGCGAAGGAGACCGCGCGACGCGAACCAGCAAUCCGAGGGAGCUUCUCCAGGCGGAUUUUCCCUGUCACAGUUCCUUCCCCUCAUACUACUAUUCCUAUUCCCGCUCAUCUCCUCUUUAUUCUCGAGUUCGACUCCUUCCGGCCCUUCUUUCCGCUUCGACACCGCUUCGCCACCACAUACUCUACAUAGAACGACUCCGAAAUUAAAAAUAAAUUACUACCUUAAUCCGACAGAAGUUGAAGACUAUAGUUCACGUAAACUACGACAGCUCGAUCAGAAGGUGGAAGUAAACUACGUGUCGAAUCUACGGUACGAAUGUGAGAACGAAGUCCGCACGAGGGACCGCAUGGUACAAGACGCACAAGGCUGGUUCUUCCCGGAUGUAGAGAAGAUGAAAAAAGCCCGGCAACUAGAGCUACGGAGCUGUAAGAAGCUCGAGUCUUUGAAUUUUUGA